AUGGACAUUUCCUGGGAAUUCGAGUACUUCAUUUUAGAUUCUCAAAACACCUACGGACUCAUGAUUGAAUACCAAAACAUCCCAGCAGAUACACAAUUCAAUCUCACAGGCGAUCAUGAUGCCUACAAGACCGAUCAGGAUGUAAACUUUAUUUUCUUCAACAACUGCAAUGUCGCCAAAGUUCCUGUUGGACUUACGGAGUUGUUUCCUAACCUCAAAAUAAUUGGAAUAAGCAAUUUAGGAUUUCAAAAUGACAAAAUUGACGGUUUGGUUGAGUACAAAAAUUAUGGUCGAUUUGUGUUUUUGAGAAAUGAAGCUGAGUUCCUGCCGCUAAAUUUAAUUAAGAAUUUUGAGGAUUUGAAUGUUUUUGACAACAAUCUUUAUGACAUUGAGCCGAGGCUGAUUGUUGGAUUUGAUGAAUAUAAGGAAGCUAAUUUUGGAGUUGAUUUGGAAUGCGUUAAAUUUAAUUCAGUACAUGCUAAGUAUGACUUGGGAGCAAGUUUGAAGGAUGUUUUUAAACAAAUUGGAGGAUAG